GGCGGCCGCUUCCGGCCCCCCGUUCCUUGGUAACAAUGGAGCAGAAAAUGGCGGCCUGAGCGGGCAGGAGGCGGCGCGGCGGCGGAGCGGGCACGGAAGGAGCGCGGACAGCCGGCACCCAGCCCCGAGCGGUGCGGGCAGCGGUGCACCCACAGCCGGGGGGGCGGCGGCGGGCGGCGGCGGCGGGCGGUACUCUUCUACUCAUCAAGAUGGAAAGCUCAGAUUCUAGUGAUAAAGGAAGUAUUGAUCAAUCAGAAGCCCAACGUCAGAGCCAGCUGGAUCGGUUAGAUCGAGAGGAAGCUUUCUAUCAGUUUGUGAACAACCUGAGUGAAGAGGACUACAGGCUUAUGAGAGACAACAAUUUGCUAGGAACACCAGGUGAAAUUACUGAAGAAGAGUUGCUGAGAAGGCUACACCAAGUUAAAGAAGGUCCGCCACAGCAAAACAGUGAUGAGAAUAGAGGUGCAGAGUCCGCAGAAGAUGUUUCAAAUGGAGAUUCUAUAAUAGACUGGCUUAAUUCAGUCCGACAGACUGGAAAUACAACACGAAGUGGGCAGCGAGGAAACCAGUCCUGGAGAGCAGUGAGCCGGACUAACCCAAAUAGUGGCGACUUCAGAUUCAGUUUGGAAAUAAAUGUCAACCGUAAUAAUGGGAACACGAAUCCAGAAACUGAGAAUGAGCCAUCUGUAGAGCCUUCCAAUGGGGAGGAUUUGGAAAACAGCCAAAGUGACUCUGAAAUUCCAAGGUCUGAAUCACCGUCUGUAAGGCAGCCUGGAUCAGAAAGGAGCAGCGCGGAGGAGCUGACAGCUGAGGAGGCUUCCCCUCCUAGAGGGCAGAGGAGAGCCAGGAGUAGGAGUCCAGAACAGCGGCGGACGCGGGCUAGGACUGAUAGAAGUAGGUCACCUAUUAAUGCAGUGAGUGAGGCCCCUCGCAGGUCUCACCAUAACACAUCAUCUCAAACGCUCGAGCACUCCUCAGCGAGCGAGGCUGAGGGCAGCUCUAGAACCAGGCAGCACGUGACCUUAAGGCAGCACACAGUGGGGACUGAGGUGCCAAGUGAAAAUGCAGUUCUGUUUUCCCCCCCUGAAACGAGGUCUGCUCCUCAAGCAGCGGGUUCUUCAGAAACCACCGGCUCCAGCGAGUCCACGGCUCCUGGGCAGAGGCCUCCCACCAUAGUGCUUGACCUGCAGGUGAGAAGAGUUCGCCCGGGCGAGUACCGGCAGAGGGACAGCAUAGCCAACAGGACCCGCUCCCGCUCCCAGACCCCCAACAACACAGUCACCUACGAGAGCGAGCGCGGAGGAUUCCGGCGCACGUUCUCCCGCUCGGAGCGAGCCGGAGUGAGAACUUACGUCAGCACCAUUAGGAUUCCCAUCCGUCGGAUCUUAAACACGGGCCUGAGCGAGACCACGUCAGUGGCCAUCCAGACCAUGCUGAGGCAGAUCAUGACAGGCUUCGGGGAGCUCAGCUACUUCAUGUACAGUGAUAGCGAUGCAGAUCCCAGUGCGCCGGCUCCCAAUCAGAACGUGGAGACUUCUGAGGCGCAGAGCGGAGGCGGGGGCACCUCGGGCAGCGAGAAUGCAGAUGUCAGCUCAGGGGAGGUGUACGAGGGUGGGCACGAGGCUAGCUCGACAUCUGGUGCCAGGAGGGAAGGCCGCAAUAUGAGGGGGUCGGUCACUUUUGAAGAAAGCGGUUCUCUACCAUUCCUUAGCCUUGCACAAUUUUUCCUACUCAACGAAGAUGACGAUGACCAACCAAGAGGACUCACCAAAGAACAAAUUGACAACCUAGCCAUGAGGAAUUUUGGUGAGAGCGACGCUCUGAAAACCUGCAGCGUGUGCAUCACAGAGUACACGGAGGGCAACAAGCUCCGCAAGCUGCCGUGCUCGCACGAGUACCACGUGCACUGCAUCGACCGCUGGCUGUCGGAGAACUCCACCUGCCCCAUCUGCCGCAGAGCAGUCUUAGCUUCUGGGAACAGGGAGAGCGUUGUCUAAAGGAGAGCUGAGUCGAUGGCCAGGCAGCUGGUGUGAUAGUGAUGGGCAAAGAAGUCACUUCCUUUAUGGCCACUUUUUGAGUGGUACCUCAAUGUAUAGUAAUGACUCGGAGUGAAUCUUCCCUCAUUGAAGCAUUUUCUCUGGAUUCAAGCAUUGGGAAUUGGAAAAUUUCUUUAAUUAGGUUUUUCGAGUUCUAGUCGGUUUGGGUGUUCAAUUUCACUUGUCCAAAGACAUCUCCCCAAUUCAAAAUAUUUUUUUCUUUGUGAAGAGUAUUAAGUUCUUUCUCCUGUCCAGCCCUUGCUAUCCCAGUCCAAUAAACAGUUUGUCCUCAAGAUUGUGCUUCUGAGGAGUUCUUUGAGAAGUUAUCCCAGCUCAGUGUCCAUGAGUCAUAGAGGAAUUUUUGCAAGAAAUCCAACUCUCUGAAAAAAUAAUAUUAAUUUAAUUGCACAUGUGAACAUACUUUUAAUUUUCCUCCUGGGUUAAUAUUGGACAUAUCUGUGUAAAUAACACUAAUGUUAGCCCUUUCCCCAUCACUAUGGCACGCUGUAGGAUGAGCUGUUAGCGUAAUUGGGAUAUUUAUCUUGUUGUGGAAAUAUAAGAAUUGCCUAUGCUUGUUUAAAUAAAGGAAAAAAAACCCAACAAAUCUGUUUUAAAAUUGUAAAGCUUUUUUGUAGAAGCUCAGUACUUUUCCAACGCACUGUUGUACUCUAACGCAUUAAGAAUUAAAAUUGUACCAUGCUUAGAAAUCAAGAAUGCUUUUCAUACAGACCCCACCACACAGAGAGCAAAGUGAACACGAGAGAGCUGCUUUUGUGACUGUGUACCUGUCAAGAGCAGUGCAUAUCUGUACUAUUUAUGUGAACAGCUACUGUAACAUAAAAACAGUUGGAUUAGACAUUUAAUUGCAUUUUAAAAAACAGAAAUGAAAUGUUAUAAUUGCGGUGUUUUUGGCUCAGUAAUGCCACCAAAAAAAAAAAAAAGAUAAAAAUUAGAAACUGUU